CGCCUUGAUAGUGCUCGUCACUGCUUGAUUCGCUUAUUUAAUUUUUACAUAUUUUUGAACUAUUUGAAUAUAUUCAUAAACUGAUAAUAAAAUGAAUGAAGAUAGUUCAUCCAUCGAUUUUGAACAUGUGUUGAAUCAAGACCCAAACAUGUUGGUCAAAGUGUCAAGUCCUACUGCAGGGAGUGAAGUGCAGCAAAUUUUUUCAACAUUAACAGAUGUUUAUGCCAAAAUUAAAGAACAUGAAAUGUUACAUACUGUGCAUUAUGUUGUAGCAUUUAAACGAACUAUGGAACAUAAUAUUGAUGAUAUAAUGAAGAAAAACCACAAGAUCUAUUUUGAGAGUAAAGAUCUUCCAUUUACUGGAGUCCCAUUCAUUUUUUCAUCAUGUAGUACUCUUGAUUGUCAACAAGGAAAAGACAAAGGUCUGACAACAAAAGCACAGUAUUUAAAAAAGAAAAAUGAGAAUGCAGGUACAGAUCAUUCUUUCAAAAAAAAGAAAGUUAUUUUGCAAAAUACAAAGAAGUUUGAUUGCCCUGCAAAAGUAUUUAUAAAAGAAGUAGUAGAGUUUCCUGAGUUUAAGCUGGACAAGGAUUCAAUAUGGCUAAGAAAAGAAAUGUCAAAAAAACUUCGCUCAGCUUUGGCUACCAACCGAAACAUUUCAAUGUGUAGAAAAUAUAUUUUAUUAUUACCUGACAUUUCUUCUCAUAAAGACCAUGCAAUUGGAGAUGAAGCAGGUCUUAAUCAACCUUUAUCUAAGGAUAUUAUCAAAAAAAUUGAUGAGCUAGUCAGAAAGGGUGUUAAUUCUGUUCCAGAAAUGAGACGUCUUCUGGAUGCUUAUGUGCAUAUGGAAUUUAAUUCACUUAACUUACCACAGAAAGCAAAUAAACGUUUUUUCCCACGAAAUGAGACUAUUGCAAACCAUAUGCAGAAAGCUAGAAAUAAUCUUCGCAGAUCCAUGAUAGAUCAAGAAUGUCUGCUUGAUAAGAUUAAUGAAUGGAAAAUAUAUUGUCCAGAUGCAAAAAUACAUUUUAGACCAAAAGGAAAAAUCUAUUCAGACAAUGAUUUAAAUCUUGAAAAUUCAUUACUGUUUGUUUAUCAAGAUGUAUGGCAACAAAAAUUGCUCUAUAGAUAUGGAAAUGAACUGGCUUUUUUAGACGCAACAUAUCGCACAACUAGAUAUGCCCUUCCGCUAUUUUUUUUAGUUGUCAAAACAAACAUUGAUUACCAAGUUGUUGCAAUUUUUGUUUGUGAAAAUGAAACCACAGAAGCUAUAACAAAAGCACUAAUGUGCAUUAAAGAAUGGAAUCCAUUAUUUCAACCGAGGUUUUUUAUGACAGAUUAUUCAAACGAGGAAAUAAAUGCACUCGAAUAUGUGUUUCCAGAGCGAGAAGUUUUAAAUUUGAUCCCCACCAUGUAUUUGUUUGUAACUUCAUGUAGAUCUGUUAAAACCACAAAAGUGUGGGCGUUAAACCUAAAUUGUUGUAAAGUAUUUAUCUGUGAUUUUCACAGAGAGCAAGCUUGGGAAAGAUGGCUGUCAAAAACCAUAAAUGGAUGCUGCCUUGUGAAAGAUCAAGUUAAAAAAAUGCUUCGUGAUAUUGCACAUGCAAAAACAGAAGAUAUUUGUCAAAAGGCAGUUCAAGGGCUCCAGGAAUCACAAGUAUGGAAAAUACACCAAAAACUCGCUGAGUAUUUAACAAACACUUGGUUACCUAUCCAAAAGAGAUGGGUGUUUGCUUACAGACAGGAUCGUCUCCUGCUGAAUGUUAACACUAACAAUGGAACUGAGAGGCAGCAUCAAUCUUUUAAAUAUAGUUUUUUAGAAAAACGAAAGAAUUCUUCAAUAACAGCUAUGCUAAGUAUUUGUAUUGAAGAAUUUCUUCCUCACAAAUUUGACAACUAUUGUGAUAAAAAUAAAAAGGCACAUUCAUCAUAUAGAAAAUACAAUGCAAAAAUUCCGCCAUAUUUGAUUGAUCGUCCACGACCUUUGGUAAAACAUUGCAUGCAUUUAAUUGAUACAUUAAAAGGCCUUGACUUACAAGGCAUUAAUGCUGUAACUGACAAGAUAUACAACGUUGCUUCAUUUGAUUCAAAUAGUCGAGAAAUCUAUAAAUGCUAUCUUGGUGAUGAUAAACAUUUGCCUAGUUGUUCUUGCCCUGCCUGGUUUAGUAGUCCAUACCCAUGCAAGCAUUUUUUUGCUAUUUUUAUAAAAGAAAAUCUCUCCUGGUCUGCAUUUGGUAGCUUAUACAGAAAUUCACCAUAUUUUAGCCUAGAUUUAUUGACAGAUGAAAAUAGCCAUGCAACCUCUGUAGUAUGUCAAGAUUUUUUUCAUCCUAACAAUGUUGGUAUUCAAAAUAAUGCUGUCGGACAUGAAACACAAUUGUCUAUACCUCUUGAACCUCAACCGUUUCCAAAUGUACAAGGAAUGAAUUUUAAAAGUACGAUUGCGCCAAAUAAAAUUCAAAGUAGUCACUCUAUAAUAACAUGUCGUGAGCUAUUAAGCGAAAUCACUCAGAUGUCUUAUCUAUGCAACUCUCAAAAAAAUGUGGAUCUGUUGUUUGAAGGGCUUUAUAAAUUGAAAACUGACUUAGUUAAAAGCAUUACAAGUGAAAAUGGAAUUCUUUUGCGUCCAGAUAAUAAACCAGAUACUUGGAGCAAGACUGAAAUUAAUUCAACUAGACUUUGUCAUCUCCCAAUUAGACGAAAAAGGAAGAUGACUAAACGAGUUGGUGUCAAGUAUGAUGUUUACAAAGCAGCCUCAGAUAUAAGUGUAGUAACAAAAAAAGUUUCUUUACUUUCUGAGAUAAUCACAAAUCACUCCAUAAACGAUUGUUGUGAUAUUUUUACAGUUCCAAUUGAUUCAAUAAAGACUGAUGAAAAAUUAUCUGAUGAUAGCAAUGAGUUGCUUGAAGGCAACAUAAAAUAUGAUGGUAACCAUAUUCAAAGGACUGUUCAGAGUGUGCAAUAUCUGAAAUCUUCUUUGAUUGGAAAUUUAGAAAUGAAUGAGAUAGAAAAUGGUGAAAUGCUUAAUGAUAAAGUUAUUCAUUAUUGUCAACAAGUCAUGUCUAUGCAAUUGGAUAUUGAUGUUGGUCUGCAGGAUCCUAUUAAAGGUCAAGUCCUAGCUUUUAACAUCCAUCGGAACACCCCAUUUGUCCAAGUUCUUCAUGAUGGAAAUCUCCACUGGAUUUGUGUGACCACAUAUGGUUGUGCUGCAGGAGAAAUAUAUAUUUUUGAUAGUCUUUUUCAUGGUGCAGUUAGUUUUGACACAAAAAGGCAAAUAUGCUCUAUUUUACAAUGUGAUAAAAAAUAUCUUAUGAUUAAAGUAUUGCCUAUUCAACAACAAACUAAUGGUGUUGAUUGUGGACUGUAUGCUAUUGCUUGGGCUAGACAAGUUCUUGAAGUGAAGGGAAUACCUUCCACUUCUCUAAUGUUUGAAGAAAGUGAAAUGAGAAAGCAUCUCCUUAUGUGUAUACUAAAGAACCGGUUAGAUGUCUUCCCUACCACAAUCAAUCCAGCUAUGUUUAAAAAAUGUGCAGCAAAGGACUUUCGUAUACGCUUGCAUUGCUCUUGUCGCAUGUUUUGGACCCAUAAAGAUGAGAACAUUUUUAGCAGGCAAAUGGCUCAAUGCUUUACUUGCAAAGAAUGGUUUCAUCGGCAAUGUGAAAGAAUUCCACAGAGCGCUUAUGAACAAGAAGAUGAGCUCUGGUAUUGUCAGCAUUGCAACAGUAUAGCAGACAUUAAUACUACAAAUGAAGUAUAAUAUCUGAAACUGUCAUGACAUUCUUAACAAAGAAAUAAUAAAAAUUAGGUUUAUUCCUUACUUAAUAUAUGACCUUGUUAUACUAACCAUCAGGUAAUGAUUUUUAAUAAUUAUUAUUAAUAAAUCUUAUUUAGAUUUAGGUAUAGAUUUUUAUUUUUUCAUGAUAAUAACUUUAUCUUAUUUAAUUCAAUAAAUCUGUCUUUGCUAGCAUAUUGAUAAUCAUUUUUUAAACCAAUGAAAUAAAUAAGAAUGCUAUCAUACUAUCAAAACAUGCUAUCAUACUGUCAUACACACAUACUUACACACAACGCUUGAGUUAAUAACUCAUUAUUUAAUGUUUAUGCAAAAUUAUCUUGCAUGUUUAUGCAAAAUUAUGGGCAUAGAAGUUUAUACCAAUCUGAUAUUAGCAUAUAUUUUUACAAUUGGCAUUUUUAUAUAAUGCCAUUUUUAUUUGGUAUGAACACCCUAAUUGUGUUGUUUAUGUCAUUUAUUUGAAAUGAGAUUUUUUAUUUUGACAUAAACUGCUUAUACCUUUUUAAUAUUGGCAUAUCAAUAUUUAUAGCCUUUUGUGGUAUAAGCCUUUAGGGUUAACACACACACACACACACACACACACACACACACACACACACACACACACACACACACACACACACACACACACACACACACACACACACCAUAUUGUUAUUAUUCUUAAUUAGAUUUUUUUUUUAGGGCGGUGAGCGGAACUUGGCUACCUUCUCGUGGUGCUCACUGUUAGAAAUGAGUACAAGAGAUAAAAAUUAACAUUUGAUUUUUAUCUCUUGAAUCAUACACAAAAUGCCAAGUCGAGAAAGAAAUAGUCGAUUAUAGUCAGUCUGGUUCUACCGAUUUAUUGACUUUUUUUUAUUUACAUAGUUUGGUUUAACAAAGUCAUUUUAAUGUUUUUAUGAAUUUUGAAGAAAUAUAUGCAAGCAAGAAAUUUGGAACUUUA